GUCGCCGGACGGGGCUAUAGUCGCUCCGAGUGUGAACCAGUCGACACCAAUGUCUUAGCGGAGCCUAUCGAGCUCCCGUUCUCUGGUCGUAUCGCAAAGAAUCGGUUUCUGAAGGCGCCCAUGACUGAGCGACUAUGCAGCUGGUCCAAGGGGCUUGACGAUAUUACAGCACGUGGUGUACCAAGUAAAGAGUUGAUCAACCUUUAUGCGCGAUGGGGCGAGGGUGAUAUUGGAAUAAUCGUCGGCGGCAACCUCAUGGUUCGCUAUGAUGCCGUAGAGGCGUUCGGCAACCCUAUCCUUUGCGAUAACCAUGACAAUCGAAUCGAACAAUUCAAAGAGUUGUCUGCCGCUGCCAAGGCUCACGGAUCACUCUUCAUCGCCCAACUCUCUCACCCGGGCCGACAGGGAAAUAUCGCACUUAACCCUAAUCCAGUCAGCGCAAGUGAUGUUGAACUGAAGAUUCACUGGGCUGGCAAUGAGUUCGGCAAGCCUCGCGCGCUCACAGUCCCUGAAAUUCAUGAACUGGUUCGCCAGUACGGUGAAACGGCAUACCUGUGCCACCAAUCGGGGCAUGAUGGGGUCCAGGUUCAUUGCGCCCAUGGCUAUCUCCUUGCACAAUUUUUAAGCAAGACUACCAACAAGCGAACUGACGAAUAUGGAGGAAGUCUGGAGAACCGUAGUCGCAUUGUCUUCGAGAUCAUUGAUGAGAUAAGACGCCGAGUUCCAGACCCUAACUUCAUUAUUUGCGCUAAAGUCAAUUCUGUUGAAUUCCAAGCUGGAGGCACCAAACCAGAGGAGUGCCAGUGGCUUUGUAUGAAACUCGAAGAGGCCAAGCUAGACUUCGUCGACCUAUCGGGGGGCACCUUCGAGGGUCGAGCUUUUGAGCACAAAAAAGAAUCGACGAAAGCUCGCGAGGCAUAUUUCAUUGAAUUUGCCGAGAUGAUUCGACCGCAUCUCAAGAAAACGAAGCUCAUCGUUACGGGCGGGUUCAGAACCUCCAAGGGUAUGGUUGAUGCUAUUAAUGGCGGAGCUUGUGAUGGUAUCGGGAUUGGCCGCCCACUCGCAGCAGAGCCCUUCCUCUGUAAAGAGAUUCUCGAGGGUCGAGUCACUGGGGCUCUUGAAAAUUUUGUGCCCUUGCCGCAGCAUACCCAAGCUUCCGGCACUCAGUUGCAUCAAAUUGGACUUGCAGACAAAACUAUCAGUGAUUGGAGUAGUCAGGAGGAAGUUGAACGCUGGGUUGAGGCUUUCAAGAUCGAGACGGAGCGUAGAAAAUCCAUUUUCCCCAAGAUUGAUAGUUCGGGAUACCCAAGGAUUCACGCCGUCGCUGGUUUCGAAUAUUGA